CUUCCCCCUCCACACACGCCAAAACCGUCCCAUCACCUCAUUUCUCUCCUCUUUCCUUGUUCCAUUAGCACAGACUGAACCACAAGAUCCAGACAAGCGAUACACAGCCAUCAAUCCUUCUCUCUCUUGUUUUCUUCUUCGUUUUAUAGUAGAGCGGAGGAAGAGCGACAUGGCGGCCACGGCGUCCCUGAAGAGCAGCUUCCUCCUCCCAUCUCCUAUCUCCGACUUCAGCGGCGCGGCCGUCUCCGUCUCAACGCAGAAGAGGAGGAGGUCAUGGCAGCCGAGAGGGGCGAGGAUUCAGGUCUCGGCGGCUGCGGACUCCAAGAACAUUCUUGUCAUGGGGGGAACCAGGUUCAUUGGUGUCUUCCUGUCCAGGCUCCUUGUCAAGGAGGGCCAUCAGGUUACAUUGUUCACUAGAGGAAAGGCACCCAUCACCCAGCAGCUGCCAGGAGAGUCCGAUGCAGAGUACGCAGAGUUCUCCUCCAAGAUUCAGCACUUGAAAGGUGACAGGAUGGACUUCGAAUUCGUCAAGACAAGCCUUGCUGCUAAGGGAUACAAUGUCGUUUACGACAUCAACGGACGCGAGGCUGUCGAAGUUGAGCCCAUAAUCGAAGCCUUGCCCAACCUGGAACAGUACAUCUACUGCUCAUCAGCCGGAGUGUACCUGAAAUCCGACCUUCUUCCACACUGCGAGAGCGAUGCGGUGGACCCCAAGAGCCGUCACAAGGGGAAGCUGGAGACGGAGAGCCUGCUGACCUCCCGCGGCGUGAACUGGACGUCGAUCAGGCCCGUGUACAUCUACGGCCCGCUCAACUACAACCCCGUCGAGGAGUGGUUCUUCCACCGCCUCAAGGAAGGCCGCCCCAUCCCCAUCCCCGGCGCCGGCAACCAGAUCACCCAGCUCGGCCAUGUCAAGGACCUGGCCACGGCGUUCAACCUGGUGCUCGGCAACCCCAAGGCGAGCCAGCAGAUCUUCAACAUCUCCGGGGCCAAGUACGUCACCUUCGACGGCCUCGCACGGGCCUGCGCAAAGGCUGGAGGGUUCCCUGAGCCGGAGCUCGUCCACUACAACCCCAAGGACUUCGACUUCGGCAAGAAGAAGGCCUUCCCGUUCAGGGACCAGCACUUCUUCGCGUCGAUCGAGAAGGCGACCAGGGAGCUUGGGUGGACGCCGGAGUUCGACCUCGUCGAGGGGCUCACCGACUCGUACAACCUCGACUUCGGCCGCGGCACGUUCCGGAAGGCCGCCGACUUCACCACGGACGACAUGAUCCUCGGCAAGAAGCUUGCCACCGUCUGAGCUUCUCGGGAUCUUUGGGAUCGAUGGCUGUAACACGUGACACGGCUAAGGGCCGGUACGUGCAGCUGGUAGGGCGAAAAUACGGUUGCUGGCUGUAAAUGUGGGGGAUACAUAUGGAAAAUUAUCUCAAUUUUGAUUUAGGUUCCGGAUCUGUGUGCAUCGACUGUUUGGGAAUCUUGUAGGUUGUUUCACCUGUAAAUGGAUUCCAGAUGUAAUUUGUUGUGCAAAAAAAACCCUCUGCAAAGCAACUCCAAGAGCUCUCUUAGAAAAUGAGUUAUUGAGGGUUAUGCUAAAAACUUUUCCCCCUAAAA